AGUUCAGUAGAGUAAAGUAGACAUGCAUCACAGAGAGAGAGGCAUUGCAUCAGGCAAGGAACGCAACAAACACUGUGAGUACUCAGAGCAUAUUCAUCCUUUGGGGUCAAGGCUUCCACAGAGAUGGCCUCUUUCCUCCUAAGGCAGAGGUCUACCCAAUCAGACAUAGAACCUCCUGAAUCACUGGGUGAAGAACUCUGGGAGGAGGAGAUGGAGAGAAUAUGCAGCACCAAGGUACCACUACAGGCGCUGCCCUAUGCCAUGAUGGACAAACGGCUCAUCAGGCACCUCCGGGAGCCAGAUGGGGUAAAGACCUCUUUCUGGGAACAGUGGAAGAAGAAAUGGCAACGUGUCCAUCAGCAGUUCCUGGAUGUGAGCCACAGGCUUAUGGGGACCUUUGGGCUCUGGAAGACUGACCUCUAUGAGAUUGGAGGGCUCUUUGGCACAGGGAUCCGGUCCUAUUUCACUUUCCUUCGUUUCCUGUUGGUCCUCAACCUGCUCGCCUUUCUGCUGACCUCCAGUUUGGUGCUGCUGCCUCUGGCCUGGCUCCAUUCACCUGACCCAGGCCCUGCCCCCAACACCUCAUACCAUUGCCCUACCAGCCGUGAGCCCCAGCCUGAUCUGAGCCAAAUACAUUUGCACUUGUGGGAUGUCUUCACUGGCAGGGCUCUCAGCAACACCUACCUCUUUUAUGGUUCAUAUCGAAUGGGGCCAGAGAGUGAUUCCCAGUACAGUGUUCGCCUGGCCUACCUCCUCAGUCCACUAACCUGCCUGCUCCUCUGCUUCUGUGAGAUUGUACGACGCAUGGUGAAGGGGCUGAUCCAAAAGCAACUGCUGAGCAAGGAUUACAGGCCCCGACUCAGCAGCAAGGUGUUUGUUUCCUGGGAUUUCUGCAUCCAAAGCCGGGAAGCUGCCAUCAUCAAGCAACACAGCAUCAGCAACGAAUUCAAGAUUGAGCUCCAAGAGGAGCAGCGCUUCCUGCAGAUGCAGCAGCAAACGAGAAAGCAAAGGGCCCGACAGCUUCUUUCUUAUGUGGGAAUCAACAUGUUCAUCGGACUCUUGGUGGUUGGGGGUAUCAGUGCCAUCUACUGGGCCACCAAGUUCUCUCAGAACUACAAAGAUGAGUCCCUCUCUUUGCUGCUUCAGUACCUGUCCCCUGGAGUCAUUUCCCUUGUCAACACUCUGGGGCCUCUGUUGUUUGGAUUCCUGGUCCAAAUGGAGAAUUAUCCCCCCAACACCGAGAUCAAUCUCACCCUUUUCUGGUGCGUGGUUCUGAAGCUGUCUAGCUUGGGCAUGUUCCUUUUUUCACUGAGACAGCAAGCAGUGCUAUGUACUGGCAGAAGUGACCAUUCCAGCUGUGAGCCCCAUGAUUAUAAUCAAUGUGACCAGUGCUGGGAGAACUCAGUGGGUCAGGAGUUAUACAAGUUGAGCAUAUUUGACUUCUUCCUCAUGCUGGCCUUUGCCUUCUUGAUCACCCUGCCAAGGAGGCUGCUGGUAGAUCAUCUUUCAGGCCAGUUCUGGGUCUGGCUGGGCAGAGAAGAAUUUCUGGUACCCAAAAAUGUGCUGGACAUUGUAGCUGGACAGACGAUCACCUGGAUGGGACUUUUCUACUGCCCCCUACUGCCUCUGCUCAGCAGCAUCUUCAUCUUCUUCACCUUUUAUGUCAAGAAGUACACUCUCCUCAGGAACUGCAAGCCCCCCCGUCGCCUCUUCCAAGCCUCCAGCGCCACCUUCUUCUUCCAGCUGGUCCUCCUGCUGGGCCUCCUCGUGGCCUCUGUGCCUCUGCUCUAUGUCAUCAGCAGGACCCUGGUAAAUAAAGAUUUGAGGAGAAAAAGACCAACAAAGUGGUUUCUGAUGAUUAUCUUUCCCCUCAUAAGGAAGUUUAUGGCAUGCUCACUCCAUUUGGAGAAGAAGCCACUUGAUGGGAUGGAGUAAUAGGAGACCUAUUCACUGCUAUGCAGAACUAGCUAUCUCUUCUUCCACUACCUUUGAAAAGAGGACUUGCUGAUAACAACGCAAGCAACAGGGCAUGGGACUUGAAUAACAGGCGACUGAGGCUGCUCGAGACUCCUGCUGUGGAAGAAGUAGAGCCUGGAGCAGAGAUGGAGACUAAAAGAUGCUGAGUCCCAAGACUGGCUGUUGUGAUUUCCACUGGGCUGGUGAGCUAACUGGAGAGGGCAGGUCAGUUUCCUUUCACUGUUAUUCCCUGCUUUCUACUCUCUAUAAUCCACAGAUAGGAUCACACACACACACACACACACACACACACACACACACACACACACACCUUGCCUUCCCAUAUUCCUUUCUAUCAUCUGUGGUUAUGAACAAUUAAGGACUUUUUCCUGCCACCUCCAAAGAACUAGGAGGGCAAGUGGGGAGAGGUUGAUGAGAUAGCUUCAUGUGGAACAUGUGAAUCAUUUACUUUGUCUUUUUUGUUGUUGUUGUUGUUAUAUUCAAUAAACUUUGUGAUCAUGGUGUGUUAA